UUACGCCACUCGGACACGCCAGACAGCAGGAAGGUUCGCAGAGAGUCCAGUCCUCCUCUUCGGACCUCGUAGACCUCCUUAACGGUUGCCGUCUGUGACAUCACACCGGGCUGCCGUCACUCUGACCCCGCCCCCGCACACCCUACAACCCCGCCCACCAAAAACCACACAAACAUGGCGCUGUCAUCACGCUUAAAACUUUGGGAGAAGAAGAUUCAGGAGGAGAAUCAACCAGUGGUGGCCCUGGUACCACCGCCGCCCCUCUCAGCCCUCCCGGGCGGCUUCCUCAAGCAGCUGGUCCGAGACUCCGAGAAGGAAACCAAACAAAAAGAGCCUGACGUCAAAGACGAGAAACCACCGAGCAAACUUAGCGACAACUUGGUGCAACAGUUCCUGCUUCCGGAUCAGACUCCACCCAUCCUGGAGGCGGAGAUGUUGCUGCGAGCUGAAAAGCAUGGCGACGCCCCUGUCUCCGCCCACUCACCCCGCCCACCCUCGUCCCAGAGGAGCGCCGCCCUCCCCGGGAAGACGGAAACCCGACGGGAGGUCAUGCCGGAGCCGCAAACCGGGGGCACGCGUGAGAACGAGGGGGCGGAGGUAAGCCUGUGGGAGGAGGAGCAAGUGAAGACAAAGGAGAAAACUGAGGAACGUCAGGAACCUGAAGGAAGACUAGCAUACGCCACCGUGACGGAAUGUGACAGGGAGAAGGUGAAGGACGUGUGGUACGAGGCGGGAACCGUUUGGUACGUGCACAAGGACGGAUUCACGCUGGCCACUCAGCUGAAGCCCGACGAAGGGACACCCGACCUUCCCCAAGGCCACGUGAGACUCCGCCUCCACGCCGACGGCUCGCUGCUUGACGUUGCAGAAGACCACGUUGACAAAUGUAACCCCGCCCACCUGGACCUGUGCGAGGACCUGAGCGAGCUACCGAGCAUCAACGAGAGCGGCGUCCUGCACGCGCUCAUCAGCCGCUCUAAGGCUAACAUGCCGCUGACGCACGCCGGACCCGACCUCGUCAACCUCUGGCCGCCCCUGCACACUCACAGCAAGACUCCAAAAUCGCGGCGCGGCGAGUCGUGGCGGGACGCUCCAGCCGCUCUGGCCGCCCUGGUCAAGCGGGUAUACGUGUCGAUGGUGGACACCCGGCGGGACCACUGCGUGUGCGCGACUGGACGCAGCGGCACCGGCAAGACGGCCACUUGUCAGGCCUUCACCGUCGCGCUGCUCGAACAAGCCGGAACCGUCGGACCCAACGUGAGCGUGGAUCGCGUACAGGCCAUGUUUACGGUGUUGAAGUCUUUUGGUUGCGUGACUUCGACGUACAGUGACGCCUCCUCGCGCUUCGCCAUGCUAUUCUCUUUGGACUUCAACCACGCUGGACGGGCCGCCGCCGGACACCUGCAGACGAUAAUGUUGGACAAAUGGCGAGUUUGUCACACGACGGCAGGAGAAAGCAACUUCCUGGUCUUCUCGCAGAUGCUAGUGGGACUUGGCACGGAGAUGAGGACGGAGCUCGGCCUUCAUCAGUUUCCGGAGCGUCAUUCCUUCGGGAUGGCUCCUCCCACCAAGGUGGAGGAAAAACAGCGAGCGUCCGUCGCCUUUUCCAAGCUGCUGGCUGCCAUGGAAACGCUGGCCUUCAGCGCCAGCGAGCAGAAGUCCAUCUGGCACGUCCUGGCCGGGAUUUACCAUCUAGGAGCCGCUGGGGCCUGCAAAGUGGGGCGGAGGCAGUUUUUGAACUUCGAUAGCGCUCAGGCCGCUAGCGGCGUGCUGGGCUGCGAGGGGGAGGAGCUUCACACGGCCGUCUUCAAGCAUCACUUGAGGCAGCUACUGCAGACAGCCACAGGGGGCUGCAGAGAGCGCAACAGCGCCAGCCAGGUCGAAGACGGUCCCAGGUUGACGGCGGCGCAGUGCGUAGACGGGAUGGCAUCUGGUCUCUACGAAGAACUUUUCACCACCAUCGUGUCGCUCAUCAACAGAUCUCUGAGCGGCCAGCAGUUGGCGCUGGCGUCGGUGACGGUGGUAGACCCGCCAGGCCUGAGGAACCCUCGCCACGCGGCGCAGGAACGAGCGGCAAACGUCAGCGAGUUUUGUCACAACUACCUACAAGAACGACUUCUGGAACAUCGAUACGUGCACACGUUCACGCACACUAUGGACAGAUACGCACAGGAGAAAAUUCCAGUGGAGUUCGAGUGUCCGGACGUUAGCCCCGCUGACAUCGUAUCUGCCAUCGACCAGCCGCCUACCCAGGUGCGCGCAGCGGGCGACACCCCUCGCGGUCUCCUCUGGGCACUGGACGAGGAGAUGUUAACACCCGCGUCCAGCGAGGGCGUCGCCCUGGAGCGCGUGUGCCGUCACUACAGCAACACGGUGCGUCAAUGCGAGCAACCUCUGCACUGCGAAGUUCAACACCUGACAGGAAACGACGCCGUCCGCUACGACCUGACGGGAUGGUUCGGCGUGCUCCACAACAACCCGGUGGCGAACAACGCCGGCGCGCUGCUGCACGGCUCCAACAUAGCGUCGGUGAAGUCCAUGUUCGCCACGAGCGCGCACGUGGCCCCCCUGUGCUGCGGCGUGUGCGGCCUGGAGGGCUCCGGCCAGCGCUCGCUGCAGAGGAACGGCACCAUCCGGAAGACGCUGAGCGGCGGGGCGGCGGCCCUACGCAGACACUCGCCCUGCAUCGCCGUCAAGCUGCAAGCCGACGCCUUGGUCAACGUGAUCCGCCGCGCCCGUCCCGUCUUCCUGCAGUGCGUCAGCGCCAAGACGGACGCCGCCGGCGCCUUCGACGUGGCCGAGCUCAGAGCGCAACUGAAGGCCGCGCAGACGUUGGCCAUGCUCCGCAUUUACCGCGCAGGUUACCCGGACCACAUGACCCUGAGCGACUUCCGCUACCACUUCCAGGCUUUGUCUCCGCCCAUCAUGAAGCGCUACGCCUCCAUGUUUGUCAGCCAUGAUGAGAGGAAGGCGGUGGACGAGCUGCUGGCUGACUUGGACCAGGACCCCAAGAGCAUCGUGGUCGGCACCAGUCGGGUGUUCAUGAAGCGCGGCGUGCUGGCCCACCUGGAGGCUCAGAGGGACCUGCGGGUGACUGGCUGGCUGGUCCACCUUCAGGCGUCCUGCGCGGGUCACCUGGCCAGACACAAGUACCGCACGCUUAAGGUGCAGCACAUGGCGGUGCGUUGCCUGCAGAGGAACCUGCGGGUGCUGCACGGAGUGUCUGAGUGGAGCUGGUGGAAGCUGUUCUGCCGAGUGCGCCCCCUGCUGGACGUCAACAUGGACAACGAGAGGCUGCGCGCCAAGGAGAAUCUGGUCCAACUGCUACCGACCAAGUGGCAGCCUCGGCUUCCACCCAGCCACGUCGUCAGUGUGCGUGUGUGUUUGCGCGUGCGUGCGUGCGUGUGUCGUCAGGACGAAGUGUCAGCACUGAGGAGACGUUUGGAAAAGUCCGAAAAAGAACGAAAUGACUUGAGACAAACCGUCGACACCUGCGAGACUAAACUGACGGCGGUGACCUCGGAGCUGAGCGAUGAGCGUUUCCGCGGCGACGCGGUGGGUCAGGCUUUGGAUGUGGAGAGAGCUGAGAGACUGAGGCUCAGCAAGGAGAACAAGGACCUGCAGGCUCGCCUCGACCAGUGCAAGGUUGCAAUGGAGAUGCUGGAGAAAAAUCUGGAGGAGGAACGUCUAAAGCGUCGUACGCCGGAGAGUCGGAAAGUGGCAGGAUCAGAAAUAGGAACAGAAAGCGAGCUGGUUCUGAAGCUGGAGUGUUGCCAGACAGAGGUGGGCUUCCUUCGCCGGCGUCUGCAGCAGACCGAAGAAAAGGCGGAGGUCGAGCGGCACGCUCGGCAACAGCUGGACGCCGAGGCGGUGUCGUUGCAGGCUCAACUGGACGAAUCCAAGCGUACCGUGACGGACCUUAAACGGCAGAGUCGGCGCGUCGCCAACGACCUGCACGACGCCGGGGUGAUGACGGACAGUCUGCGCAAUCGAACGCACCAACUGGAACGCAAACAACGACGCUUCGAUGGCGAGCUGGCGGCGGCGUUAGAGGACGCCGACAGCGAGCGAGAGUUGAAGGACAAAACCCUGCAGGAAAACACCGCGCUAGGGGUCCAGAUUUUCACACUGCGCCGAAACCUGCAGGAGAGUCAGGCGGAGGCGUGCCGCCUGCAGAAGCAGAAAGACGAGUUGUGUAGUCAGAUUCGCGACCUCAGCGUGCAUCUCACCGCCGACUCGCUGCCCGAUCUGAAGAAACAAGUGCGCCACCUGGAGCGCGUGGCCGGCGAAACGGCGCAGGAAGUGGCCAAGCUGACCGCCAGAAUUGAACAGCAGCAGCAGGUUCACAUGCGUGUGGAAUUGGAGAUGGCCCGAGUGAAGCAGAUGCACCAAAAGGAGCUGGAGGACAAGGAGGAGGAGCUCGAGGACGUGCACAGGUCGUCCCAGCGGCGGCUAAGACAGCUGGAGAUGCAGCUGGAGCAAGAAUACGAGGAGAAGCAGAUAGUCAUCCACGAGAAGCGCGACCUGGAAGGUUUGGUCGCCACGCUGUGCGAACAGGUCGGCCACCGUGACUUUGACGUGGAGAAGAAGUUGAGGCGAGACCUGAAGAGGACUCACGCCCUGCUUGCCGACGCCCAGACCCUCCUGGACGCCGUCCACGGCGGACGACAAAUCGGGAGGAGCCCCGACGGCGGAAGCAAGGAGCAACUGGAAAGACUUCACUCUCAGCUGGAGGACAGCGAAUCACGGCGACGUGAGCUCGAGAGCGUCCAGACGACCGUGACCCAGGAGCUGGAAGAUGUUCAGAUUGAAUUGGAAAACAUCAGAAAGCAGAAGAGUUUGGUGGACGACGAGGUUUGCGUCCUCCAACGUGAGAAAGUCGAUCUGCUUAAACGUCUCGAAGAAGACCAGGAGGACCUCGACGAGCUCAUGAAGAAACACAAAGAUCUCAUUGCGCAGUCGUCCAGUGACAUCUGUCAGAUCCGAGAGUUGCAGGCGGAGCUUGAGGAGGUGAAGAAGCAGAGACACGCCCUCCAGGAGGAGCUCCAGCAGCAGGCCUCCAGGCUGCAGUUUCUGGAGUCGUCCACUGUGGGGCGCAGCAUUGUCAGCAAACAGGAAGCGCGUGUGUGCGACCUGGAGAACAAGCUGGAGUUCCAGAAAGGUCAAGUCAAAAGGUUUGAGGUGCUGGUGCUGCGCCUGCGUGACAGCGUGGUGCGUCUAGGGGAGGAGCUUGAGCAGAGUGCUCAAUCGGAGGCUCGCGAGCGUGAGAAUGCUCACUACUUCCAGCAGCGUCUUCAGGACGUGCGCGUGGAAAUGGACGAGCUGAGCCGGCGACAUCAGGACGGCGGCAGACGCCGCAUGGAGCUGGUAAGACACUCUUCCCACGACACGCCUCACAACGUGGGCCACGAGACGACCGAGGACACGCCGGACGACACGGCCAGGACGCGCCCCACGACACGGACCGCGACACGUCAGAGGACAUGCCCGACGACACGCCCCCCGACACGCCCGAAAGACAUCCCCGACGACACGCCCCCUCCCACGACACGCCCCCCGACAUGGCGGAAAGACAUGCCCGCCGACACAGCCGAGGUCACGGGCCACGACAAGCCCGACGACAGGGUUGAGGACACAGCCCACGACACGCCGCAACUUACGCCUGCAUAUACACAAAAACCUCCCGAUGGCGUCUUUAGAAAAGAGCACUUGACUUGGACAGCAGCCACGCCCCUUCAUGCUCACAGCCAGUCACCGGCCACCUGGGAACACAGCUGGCCAAUCCUGGUAUUCCUGUCACAAGCGCCACAAACACACACGCACGUCCGCACGUACUUCUGUGUGCACGCGCUUUUUCGUCAUCGACAUGACGAGGUUAAAAAGGAAAUGCAGGUGGAGGAGCUGACGGCCAUCCGGCAGACGCUGCAGGCCGACCUGGAGACGUCCAUCCGCCGCAUCGUGGACCUGCAGGCCGCCCUGGAGGAGGUCGAGUCCAGCGACGACAGCGACACCGACACCGACACCGACACCGACAGGGAGUCCAGUGUCGGGACAGAGGACGUGGGCGAGACCACACGCGGUUGGCGCGGGGCGGCCAGAGGAGGCUCGCCCAGCGGCAGCUUCCGCGGCCAGGGAGGGCGCCGGUCGGCGGCGGACUCCGGCAGCACGUAUAGUUUCCGCUCCUGCUCGGACCUGGACGAGGACGACUCGGGCGCGGGGCGUACAGGAGGAGGACAAGGCCGGGCGGCAUCCUCUUCGGCACUGUCUGAGCUUCUGGAAGGACUUCGCAAGCGGCGAGCGGGUGGUGCCGCGGAUGCGGGCGCAGGCAGCAACGCGGACAGCACCGUGUCACUUCCUGUCUAUCAAACCACGGCGGCAUCUACCCUUCGGCGCCGGGCCUCGGCACUGUCUCUCACAGCGGACACGCUUCCGGAAGCUCGCCCAGGUAUUCUGAAGCCGUCCUCGCCCCUCCUGCCCCGUGCCGCCAGCGCUCGUUCCGUUAGCGACCCACUAACGACCGCGUCCUCUGCCACGCCGUCACGCUUUAACUCCUGCGACUCCCUGGCGUCGCUACCGUCGCUGCCCUGCCUUUCGUCUUUGGCAUCCUUGCACGUUGCCCGCCAGUGCCCACCGACCCGACACCCCUCCGGCGAACACCCCCAUGCCCAACAUCCCCCCUCCCUGGCCGUCCCGGAGGAGGGCUGGGAGGAACCUCAGCGCUCCCCGCAGGCCCCGCGCCGUUGCGCGCUGGAAGGUUUGCUCUCAGAGGACACGUCCGAGGGCCCCCUGGCGCCCGAGGGUGCAGUGUUCCAGAACCGGCACCACCCGGGCGAGUCCAACACCACGUCCGCCAUCCUCCCCGCCAUCCGCAGAGCUCGGUCGGCCGGCAGUCUGGCCGGAUCUGUGCGGGGCGGCCGCCGAGCGCUUAGCGUCCAUUUUGGAGAGCUGCCGACCUCCACACGGCGCCGCGGGGUCUCUGACGCAGAAUCAUCCGGGUCCGGAGGCUCGGCGGAAAGUUGCGAGUCGUCGCGGGCCCGGGGCCGCUCGGUCCGGCCGCAGGGAGAACGGCUGGAAGCGGAGGGCAGCGAAGGCGGCGAGGGCGGAGACGUGGCCACAGUCAUGAGGAAGUACCUCAACAAGGAAAGCCGCUGACCGCACAUUAGCAUGCGGUCACCACACAAGCUAUGCGCUACUGUCAGAUGUUAGCCACGUUAGCAAUGUUAGCUAUUAGCGUCAAAUUUAGUCCAAGUGCAACAGAUUCAUUUUCCUUUUUGUUUGCAAUAAAUGAGCAAAAUGGACACUU